AUGUUGCUUUAUGAAGUGACUGUAUUUACUGGUAACCUGUCUCUGGCCACCACUUUCAACAACGUCUACAUUAAGCUGGUGGGCACCGACGGGGAGAGCGAUCGCACAUGGCUUGUCUCCAGCAAAAUGCUUGCAGGUUUCUUCAGCGGAGCAGUGACAGUUUUCAAAGUGUGGUGCCCUACUUCGCUUGGCAAGCUGGUGCUGAUCGAACUUGACAAAAAGCAACUGCCUUUGUUCCCAGAAGAUUCUUGGUUCUGUGCCAAGGUGGAAGUCAGAUCUCCAGAGGGACACACCUAUACCUUUCCUGUCUACCAGUGGAUCGCAGACAGUGAAGUUCACUAUUUUCGAGAUGGAAAAGCUCUGAAAAUCUUUGAAGACAAUCAUAAUCUUGGAAGGUACAGUCGGGAGAAGGAGCUGAAGCAGAGAGCAGAGGUCUAUUGUUGGGAUGUUUAUAAGGAGGGGAUACCUCAUUGCAUCAAAACGGAAGGUCCACUUUCAUUGCCAUAUGAGGUCCAGUUCUCCUUCACCAAGACAACAGAGUUUUUCUUCACUAAAACUUCAGGGCUGAUUGAGCUCAAACUAGAGGGGCUGGCUGACUGCCAGAUGCCUUGGCAAAAUAUUGAUGACAUUCGACGUGCGUUCUCCUGCUACCAGACUGACAUAUCAGAUUAUGUCGAGGAACAUUGGAAGGAAGAUGCGUUUUUUGGCUACCAGUAUCUAAAUGGAAUCAACCCCAUGUUCAUCCAACGCUGCAAAGCCCUGCCAAAGAAUUUCCCUGUCACUGAUGAGAUGGUGUUCCUGCAUGAUGCAAAAUGCCUGGCUACAGAAAUGCAGAAUGGCAACAUAUUCCUGUGUGACUACAGUCAUCUAGAUGGACUAGAAACAAACACCAUCAAUGGGAAGAAGCAGUACUUAGCGGCUCCCCUCGUCCUGCUACACAAAACUCCUGAUGACAAGAUGAUGCCAAUCGCUAUUCAGCUGAAGCAGAAACCUGCAGAAGACAAUCCGAUCUUUUUGCCAGCUGAUUCUGAGUAUGACUGGCUGACAGCAAAGCUUUUUGUCAGAAGUGCUGAUUUCAAUGAACAUCAGGUCAGUGUUCACCUGCUGCGCACUCACCUGGUGGCUGAAGUUUUUGCAGUGUCGAUGCUUCACAACCUACCCAUGGUGCAUCCUCUCCACAAGCUCCUCAUUGCUCACACUCGUUACACCCUGCAGAUCAACGUCUUAGCCCGAACUCUUCUCAUAUCAGAGGAUGGAAUUUUCACACAGUUUGCAGCAUCUGGUGGAGAUGGUUUGUUCACCCUCCUGAAGAGAUCACUGUCUUCACUCACCUACACCUCACUCUGUAUACCAGAUGACAUCGCCGAGCGUGGUCUGGAGUCUGUGCCAAAAUUCUACUACAGAGAUGACGGGCUCAGACUUUGGGACAUCAUCCACAGGUUUGUCCAGGGAAUACUUAAAUACUACUACAAGAGUGACGCUGAUGUCCAGAAAGACUCUGAACUGCAGAAGUGGAUCAGUGACAUAUUUGAACAUGGAUCAUUUUCACAAGAAAACUCAGGAAUUCCCAGGAGUUUGUCCACUGUGGUUGAAUUGAUCAAGUUUGUCACCAUGGUGAUUUUCACAUGCUCUGCUCAGCAUGCCGCUGUAAACUCAGGACAGUUUGACUAUGGUGGCUGGAUGCCCAACAGCCCCUCUUCUUUGCAACAUCCUCCACCAACAAAAAAGGGGACAACAAGUGAAGCCACAAUGCUGCAGACCUUUCCUGAUGUCAAUGCAACAGCUCAAGGCAUGGCCACUGUGUGGCUGCUCAGCCAUCAGUCCAGCGACUUUGUUCCUCUUGGCAAUUACCCAGAAGAGCAUUUCACAGAGGAGAUUCCACUUAUGCUGAUCAAGGAUUUCCAAGAAGAGCUUAAAAAUUUGAGUCAAGCGAUCAAACUCAGAAAUCAGGGUCUGGAAGUCCCAUACACAUACCUGGAUCCAGCACAGACAGAAAACAGCGUGGCCAUUUGAGCAUCAAAAGAGGUGAUUUGUUUUGAGCUGAUGGUCAAGUGGCACAAAAGCAGCUUUGUUAUGUGUGAAAAUUAAUUAAAAAGUAAUCCAAUUCUGUGUUUGACCCGAAAUGCUGAAUUUACACAGAAGAUUAUCAAUUGUGUACAAAUGUUAAAGAACGACAAGUCGAGGGAAAUGUACCUUUUUCCAAUCAGUUUUUUCUGCUAUAAAAGAAAUAAAAAUCAGUUUGCAAUGAAAGAGAACACAAUGUGAAAUCAGAUAUUUUUGGAAUGAUAAGAGUAAAUUAUGUUUCUUAAUUUACUGUCUUUAUUUUCCUGUUUUACAAGUUAAUUGGUGUUGUGCUGUGUUAUAAAGCUUCAUAAUAAACUUGUGUUUCUGUGUUUAAAACUUUGCA